AUGGCUCAAAUGAGGGGAAGCAUGGGAAAGCUUCCAAGCGACACUACAGUGAACCCGAAGCAUCAAGGGUCUAGCACAAGCAAUGUGAGGAAUGCACGCAUUAGCACGGUAAGUCUCCUUUCAAAUGAUGAGGUUUUUAGUAGUGUUGAAAGCAUUCCACCACCACAAUGCGUUGAUGGUGUAGUGGAAAAUACAAGUGACGAGUCGGAAAGUAAAAAUGAACAAGAAACGAUUUCACAAAUUAAAAUUGAAAACAUGAAUAAAAAUUCUUUUUGUGAAAAUUGUUUAAAUCAAAUUAACUCGAGUAAUGCAUCAAAGCUUGAAGAACGGUGCCCACCAAAGGAUGAGAGGUGGGAAAUUUUUAAACAAGCAAAAAUUAAUUUGUCGUUACUUGAUGACAUAAAAAAAAUUCCAGCUCAUGUGGAAUGCUUGAAAGAGUUGAGCAAUGAAAAACGGCACAAUAAAUUACCCGAACCGAUUGAUUUGGUAUCACAUGUUAGUGUCGUUUUAUCAAGUGCGCUCCCCCAAAAAGUUCAAGAUCCGGGAGAUCCUCUUAUCCCAAUUCAAAUUGGAACAUUUAAAAUUGAGAGGGCGCUCCUAGAUCUUGGAGCUUGUGUGAGCAUUUUGCCUGGGAGUUUGUAUGACCAAUAUGAUUUUGGUCCAUUAAAAAAGUUUGAUACUCCCGUAGUAUUGGCCGAUCAGACUCCCACGCAUCUACGGGGGAUGGUGGAGGAUGUGAUUGUUAAAGUGGAUGAUUGUUACUACCCAGUUGACUUUUUGGUAGUAGACUAUGUUGGGUGUGUUGAGGACACCCAACCGAUAGUCAUACUGGGUAGAACGUUCCUUGCAACAGCUAAUGCCAUAAUAAAUUAUGCAACGGGAACGGUAAGCAUGAAGUUUGGGGACCGGGAAUUAAAUUUAAAUGUUUUUCCAAAUUUCACUAACUCGCUCGGUGAGGAUAAGUGUCCUAAAAAGGACAUGAAUCCAAACAAAAAGGUAUGUGCUAUGGUUGGUAGGUUUGGAGAAACAAAGAAGAAGACAGUCAAGAAAAAGAAGGCGAAGAAAUCACCUCUAGAAAAGAAAAAAAGGAAGAGGAGGUGA